AUGAUAGAGUCAUGGAUCUACGUUUCAAGAAACCUCUUGAACCGAAUCAACACGAGUAUCGAGGAAGGAAGAUUCGAAAAGGCUUCCAACGAUGUUUACUUGGUAGAGAGAAUUUGGAAGGUUAUGAGGGAGAUUGAAGAUUUACAUAUUCUAAUGGAUCCUGAAGAUUUUUUGAAACUUAAGAAGCAGUUACAAAUCGAAUCAUUAAACGAUGCGUUUUGUUUGAGAUCAAGGGGAUUAGUGGAGAUGACGAAGAUGUGUAAGGAUCUAAGGGAAAAGAUACCGAAGAUUCUUGAGGUUGAGGUUGAUCCCACGGGAGGACCGAGGCUGCAAGAGGAGGCGAUGAAGGUGUACGCGAGGAAGGGAGGAGAGUGGGGUAAGAUUCAUCUGCUUCAAGGGAUGCAAGGUGUGGAGGCGGCUGCGAAGAGUUUCUUUUUUGCGUAUAAGCAGUUAGUUGCGGUGAUGAUGGGAAGUGCGACGGGGAGUCAGGUGUCGUGUGAUUCGUUGAGUCAGAUAUUUAUGGAGCCCAUGUAUUAUCCGAGUCUUGACGCGGCAAAGACGUUUCUUGGAGAGUUUUGGGGUAACUUGGGAUGA